UCUAUCACACAGGAGUUUUGGAUUAUUUCCCAAAUAGCCCUUUCUACAUUCUUCCUCCUUUAUUAAGCCCCAAGCUACAACACCUUACUCCAUCUUAUCUAGCCACACAGAAAUUCUCUCUCUUUCUUGGCUUGCUCCUCCUGUAGUUCCGCUUCUUGUGCCCUUGUUCUAGGCAUAACAAAUUGGCAUGGCUAGGAAGUGCAGCAGCUGUGGAAACGAUGGCCACAACUCUAGAACUUGCAGUGGCCACAGAGGCCAUGAGAACAUCAUUAGCAUCAGCAGCAACAGUAGCAGUGGUACUUGUUGUGGUGGCUUGAGGCUGUUUGGGGUGCAGUUGCAGGUAGGCUCCUCUCCUCUGAAUAAGUGCCUGAGCAUGGAGUGCCUGUCACCAGCUGCCUACUAUGGAGCUGCUGCUGCUGCGUCGAACAGAUCGCCUUCUGUGUCGUCGUCUUCGUCCUCACUUGUCUCGAUAGAGGAGAGCGCCGAGAGGAUCUCCGGUGGGUACAUGUCGGAUGGCCUCAUGGGCAGGGCUCCGGAGAGGAAGAAAGGAGUUCCAUGGACCGAGGAAGAGCACCGGAUGUUCCUCGCCGGCCUUGAGAAGCUCGGGAAAGGCGACUGGCGAGGCAUUUCCCGGCACUUCGUCACGACUCGGACCCCGACGCAGGUAGCCAGCCAUGCCCAGAAAUACUUCCUGAGGCAGAACAGCCUCACACAGAAGACGAGAAGGUCCAACCUCUUUCAUGCGGUUGACGGUGCCAAGAAGGCAGCAAUGGCCAGGGCAGCACAAGUAUCUGAGCUGCAAUUCCCCAGACUAUCGCUCACCGUCGACACGACGACGAAGGAGGCUGUGGUGCUGCCUCCAUGCCUGAACCUGACGAGCAGAACAUCACCAGGUUGUGGUGGCGAUGGUUCAUCACAGUCACAGACCCCUUCUUCCAUGACCCUGAUGGCAAAGCCUCAGGCGCAACUGCAGAUGCCUGACCUGGAGCUGAAGAUGUCGACAUCCCGGUUAUCCGACCAGCCCGGCCCGUCGCGGAGCAUGCCUUUUUUGGGUACCAUCAGGGUUACCUGAUCUUCAAACUUUGGUUCUCGUGAGAAAGGGGGGAGUGGAUCAGAAAAGGAUGUCAAGAAGAUCGUCUACCACCAGAACUAGAAAGCGGCUGUAAUGUAAAAUAGCCUGAUCAGCCAUGCACAAUCAGAAAAGGAGAGAAAUAAUGGCUUACCAAAUAUUCAUAUCAGAUUUUGCUAUCACCUUAGCUUUAUGUUGACACAAAGGCAUGGCAAGAGUAGUAGUUGGCCAUAUUUCAGAGCUGCAGAAGGUGAAAGAUGAGCUCACAAUAUUCAGUUGGCACUUGUAGUGGGUACUGACAAGGACAUGCAAAACCACCACCACUGCACACAAACAUGAUAAUCUGUAUAUAGAUGACCUUAGCCCUGCAUGCAUGGAGCCAAUUGUGCAAGCCAUCCAAAUUGGUUCUACAUGUUCAUGUGAUGGUUACCUGCUGUGUACCGCCAAUAAAGAUCUAUCAAUCAUUGCUCUC